AUGGCAGCCUCAUGCUACCGGACCUUCGUCUCCGAGGAUGCAGGACCCAACACAUUGGUUGCCACGGUGUUGGCUAAGGACCCCGAUGGUGACGGAAUAACGUAUAAGAUCACAGCAGGCAAUGAAGAGGGAAACUUUGUCAUUGACAGCCAUAAAGGGCUGAUCCGUCUGCGCUCCAGCCCGACUCCUCGUCUCCAGGGGGUGGAGUAUGUUCUGAACGUCACGGCAACCGAUGACAACGCCUCAGGCGGAUCUCAAGAGCUGUCGUCAACGGCACAGGUCAUCGUCGGGGUGGACGAUGUCAACAACAACAAGCCUGUUUUUGAGAAGUGCCAGCAGUACCGAGAAAGUACCUCGGUUCUGGAGAACCAGCCGGCAGGGACCGUGGUGCUCCAGGUGCAGGCGGUGGAUGCUGACGAGGGCUCCAACGGCAGAGUUACCUACGGCUUCAUGCACAAAGACAGCACUGUGCCUGCCUUCACCAUCCAUCCUGAGACAGGGGUGAUCUCCUCGGCCAGGAAAUUUGACCGCGAGCACCAGCGAGAGUACGCUGUCACGGUAACAGCAACAGACCAGGCAGGUGACCCCCUGAUCGGGAUCUGCCAGCUGAACAUCCUCAUUCUGGACCAGAACGACAACAACCCAAAGUUUGAGAACCUCCGCUAUGAAUACUUCCUGCGUGAAGACACUAUGAUAGGAACCAGCUUCCUGCGUGUGGCGGCUCAUGAUGACGACUUUGGCUCCAACGCCGCCAUCACUUACUCCAUGUCCCAGGAAGAACCUGAGUAUCUCAGAGUCAACCCCCUGACAGGCUGGGUCUACGUCAACCAGCCCAUCUCACAGAGGACAUACAUUUCCAGGGAGAUUGUGGCGACAGACGGGGGGAACAGGAGCAGCUCUGUGGAGCUGGCUGUCACCAUCACUAACGUGAAGAACCAGCCUCCACAGUGGGAAAAGGACAGCUACGACAUAGUCAUCCCCGAAAACACUGUCAGAGACACACCUAUUGUGACCAUCAAGGCGACGUCCCCGCUGGGCGACCCCAGAGUGACCUAUAACCUGGAGGACGGCAUGGUCCCGGAGACCAACAUGCCCGUCCGCUUCUACCUGACCCCCAACCGUGAUGACGGCUCCGCCUCCAUCCUGGUGGCAGAGCCGCUGGACUACGAGACCACCAGGACCUUCAUGCUGCGGGUCCGAGCCCAGAACGUAGCGGCCGUCCCACUGGCUGCCUUCACCACCGUCUACAUUAAUGUCACAGAUGUAAACGACAAUGUUCCUUUCUUCACCUCUUCCAUCUAUGAGGCCUCUGUGACUGAAGGGGCAGAGUCCGGAACCUUUGUCCUCCAGGUGUCAGCCAAUGAUCUAGACCUGGGUUUGAAUGGCAAGAUCUCCUACUCCCUGCUGAGUGACAGGAGUGGGGACCACAAGUACUUCCGGAUCGACCCGGAUGUGGGCUCCAUCCAUACAGAGGCCGUGUUCGACCGCGAGACCAAGGGUUCCUACCUGCUGGAGGUCCAGUCAGUGGAUGGCUGGGAGUCGGCCAGGCCGGGGAAACACGGGCUGCCUAACUCAGACACGGCGUACGUGCGUGUUUUCAUCAGCGACGUGAACGAUAACAAGCCGCGCUUCGCCCAGACGGCCUAUGAAGUCGACGUGGAGGAGGACGCAGACGUGGGUCUCGCCGUCCUCACUGUCAGCGCUAACGACGAAGAUGAAGGGGCCAAUGCCAAGCUGCGCUACCAGAUCACGUCAGGGAACACGGGCGGGGUGUUUGAUGUGGAGCCGGAGGUGGGCACCAUCUUCAUCUCCCAGCCGCUGGACUACGAGGUCACCAAGCACUACAAGCUGCACCUGCUGGCCUCCGACGGCAAGUGGGAGGACUACGCCGUGGUGACGGUCAACGUGGUCAACAAGAACGACGAGGCGCCCGUGUUCACCGUCAACGAGUACUACGGCUCCGUCACCGAGGAGCUGGACGGCUCGCCCGUGUUUGUUCUGCAGGUCACAGCCUCUGAUCCCGAUAAGGAUGCAGACCAGGAGGCUCUGCGUUAUUCUCUCCACGGCCAGGGCGCUGACAGCCAGUUUGUCAUAGAUGAGGUCACAGGGAAGAUCUACGCCCAGAGAACCCUGGACCGUGAAGAGCGUGCCGUGUGGCGCUUCGUGGUCCUCGCCACGGACGAGGGAGGGGAGGGGCUCACGGGCUUCACUGACGUCAUCAUCAACGUGUGGGACAUCAACGACAACCCGCCCAUUUUCACGUGUGCGCCCGACUGCCACGGCGACGUGCCCGAGAACUCAGGCCCGGGGACGUCCGUGAUGGAGAUGACCGCCACCGACCUGGAUGACCCGGCCGUCGGCCAGAACGCCGUGCUCUCCUACAGGAUUCUGGGUAACGCGGGCGCGGACGGGGUGGUCCGGAUUGGGGGCGUGGCCUCCGACAUGUUUUCCGUCAACCCCGGCACGGGCACGAUCACCGUGGCGAUGAGCGGACUGGACCGCGAGCAAGUGGAGUCCUACUUCCUGGUGGUGGAAGCGAAGGACGGCGGGGGGAUGGCGGGCACGGCCACGGCCACGGUGCACGUGGGCGACGCGAACGACCACGCCCCCCGCUUCACGGUGCCGCGGCCCUGCCUGGCCAGGGUGUCGGAGAGCGCCGAGCCCAACGCCGUGGUGCUGGAGCUGACGGCCGAGGACGGCGACACGGGCCAGAACGCCCAGCUGACCUUCAGCGUGGUCGCGGGAGACCCCGAACAGAAGUUCUACCUGCUGAGCCAGCGGCAGGAGCAGAGAGGCUCCCUGAGGCUGAAGAAGCGUCUGGACUACGAGCGCCCCAGCGAGAAAAGCUUCAACCUGACUCUGAAGGUGGAGGACCUGGACUUCUUCAGCUUGCUCACCUGCCUGGUGGAGGUGGAGGACUACAACGACCACGCUCCCGUCUUCAUACCGCACUUCCUGCAGCUGAUGCCCCUCCCCGAGGACGUCGCCGUGGGAACCAGCGUGGCGCAGCUGGCCGCCAGUGACUCCGACUCGGGCGUCAACCGUGACAUCACCUACAGCCUGUCACGUGACUCCGACCCCCAGGGUCUGUUCGCCAUCAACCAGGCAGGGUGGAUCACCGUGGCACACCCCUUGGACCGGGAGAGCGUGGCGCAGCAUCACCUGGUCGUCCUGGCUACGGACCGGGGGAGACCCCCGUUGACGGGAAGCGCCACGGUGCAGCUGUCCCUGACAGACGUUAACGACAACGGGCCUGAGUUCGAGGCGGCGUACAGCCCAGUGGUGUGGGAGAAUGUGGCAGGGCCUCAGGUGGUCAGGCUGAACCACACCUCCACCCUGAUCCGGGCCCUGGACCGUGACUCGGAGCAGAACGGAGCUCCCUUCUCCUUUAGCCUGGCGCCAGAGUACCGCCACAGCGGGGACUUCUACCUGCAGGAUAACAGAAACGGAACGGCCACCGUCACCGCCCUGAGGGCCUUCGACCGGGAGAAGCAGAAGGAGUUCCUCCUGCCCGUCGUUAUGAGCGACAGCGGAACCCCACCACGCACCGUCACCAACACGCUGACCGUAAUCAUAGGCGACCUGAACGACCACGCCCACCAGCCAGGAGAGAAAGAGAUCUUCAUCAACAGCCACAGAGGGAGGAUGCCAACUACAGUCCUGGGGAAGGUCUAUGCUCCCGACCCUGAUGACUGGGGUAACAAGACAUACGCCUUUGAGGGACAUGUACCCAGUUACUUUAUCCUCAACAAGCGGACAGGCUUCCUCAUCAUCAAGGAGAACGCCCCUCCAGGGAGUUAUGAGUUCCAGGUGCGUGUCUCUGACGGGUCGUGGCCAGACGCCAUCUCCGAGGUAACGGUGCAUGUGAGGGAGCUGCGUGACGAGGCCAUCUACAACUCAGGAUCCCUCCGUCUGGCAGACAUCACAGCCAAGGAGUUUGUGGAGCGCCGCGGUGGCCUGAGAAGUCGCUACGACCUGCUGGUCGACUUCCUGUCAGAGCUGGUUUCCGUGGCGGUGGAGGACAUAAACGUGUUCAGCCUGAUGGACGUGAGGGAGCGGAUGCUGGACGUCCGCUUCGCCGUAACUGGGGGCGCCCCCUAUGUCCGGCCAGAGAAACUGCACGGUUACCUGGCGGCUCACAAGCAGAAGCUCCAGUCCUUCCUCCAGGUCAACGUGACCCAGGUCCACGUGGACGAGUGUUCCGGUACCGACUGCGGAGCCAGCGGUGGCUGCUCCAACGUUUUAAGUGUCCGGGACACGCCUACCGUGGUGGAUUCUGGGACCAUGAGUCUGGUGUCAGUGACAGUGGAGUCCUCGGCCGUCUGCAGCUGUUCUGGACGCGAACACGCCCACCAGCCCUGUACUUCGUAUCCCAGAAACCCUUGCUUCAACGGGGGAGUGUGUGUGGAUACACAGAGUGGUUACAGAUGCCAGUGCUCCGCGCAGUACGAGGGACCUGAAUGUCAGCAGACCAAACACAGUUUCCACGGCAACGGCUACGCUUGGUUCCCUCCCAUGAGGCCGUGCUUUGAGAGUCACGUCUCUCUGGAGCUGAUCACGGAGGCAGCAGAUGGGCUGCUGCUCUACAGCGGGCCCCUGGCCCCUCUCCAGCCCUGGGAGCACGAGGACUUCAUGAUCUCCCAGGGUCUGCUCGUCGUCUUCUAUAACCUAGGAGACGGAGACUACAACCUGACGCUGCCUGCCUAUCGCCUUGACAACGAGUGGCACGAGGUCCACCUGGAUCGCCACGACAACGAGCUCAGCCUCCGGUUGGACGGUGGUGGCGGGAGGCGGGAGGUCACAGGGGCCGGACGGAGUCGGGAGAUCGUCAUCGACCCCUUGGUGGUGAUGCUGGGGAACACCUUCCCCUCUGGCUUCAACAGGAGCUUCCAGGGCUGCAUGCGAGACCUGAGACUGAGUGGGCGUUACGUGGCGUUGGACGGCCACCUAGAGACGGGGGUCUCCCUGGUCAGCUCCCAGGGGCUCUCUGUGGGGUGCACCACAGACUCCUGUAAGAAGAACCCCUGCAGCCCUCCCCUCACCUGCAUAGACCUCUGGAGGGUCCAUGAGUGCAGGUGUCCCGCGGGUCACAUGAUCAAAGUGAACGGGACCAAGAAGUCGUGCGUGUACACGCUGUGCGCCAGCCGGCCAUGCCACCGGGGCACGUGCGUGGCCCAGUCGCCCUCCAAGUUCACGUGCCACUGUCCCGAUGGCUACCGGGGCCGCCACUGCGAGACCACGCUGGCCAUCUACAGGGACGACGUGGGCCUCAGCUUCAGCUCGCUCUUCGCCAUCGUUAUCUGCUUCAUGGCGCUGCUGGUGCUGCUGCUGGGUAUCUUCCUGUACACGCGCUGGCGGAGCUACAAGGGGCUGAAGGAAGGAGUCUACCAUGUGUCCGCUCACCACGACGGCUGGGAAGAUAUCCGAGAAAACGUCCUCAACUACGACGAGGAAGGGGGAGGGGAGGAAGACCAGAAUGCUUAUGACAUGGCGGAGCUGCAGAAGUCCCUCCAGCCCAGCCCGGCCCAGUCUGUCCAGUACAGCCGCUCCCGAGCCCUGUACCACCCUCACCCCCACAACCCCCACCACCCCCAGCUCCCCCCGGCCCAGCCCCAGGACGGCCUCAACCGGGCGGGGAGCUCCGGCUCGGCGCCCCCCUCUUCCUCCACCACCACCACCACCACCUCCACGGCCAGCCUCCGCAGGGAUGUGCCCCCGGCGAGGCCCCCCGCCCAGGGCCAGAGCCGUCCCCUGCAGCUGGCCAACAGAAGCCUGUCCUUCUCCAGCCAGGACCUGGCCCGCUACCUGUGCGAGAUCAUCCGCGACGCAGAUCAACACCCAGAGACGGGGCCGUUUGACUCCCUGCAGGUGUUCUCUACUGAGGGAGGGGGCUCCCUGGCGGGCUCCCUCAGCUCCUUCAGCUCAGCUGGGCUGGAGGAAGACCGGGGAGGGCAGGGGGGGGACACCCUCAGAGAGUGGGGGCCCCGCUUCGACAAGCUGUGUGCCCUCUACGAGAGGGCUGAGGCCAGCGACCUCUGAUUUAGACCCCCCCUCCCACCCCCGUACAACACAAACGACAGAAACCAAACCUAUGAAUCGCUGAGACCAAUGACAAGAGGACAUCUGGAGAGCGACACGACCAACUGAACUCAGACACCGCUAAAGGGAAGACAUUUUUGUUUUAGCAAGAAGAGAGAUGAGAUUACAGAGAGAAAGGGGCAAAAUAGGAAGAGAGGAAAAGAGAGAAACUGAUAAGCGCUUGAUAUCACUUCUCCCUGGGACAUUUUCUUGUCCUCCUGCUGGUGUUGACUUUGCUCAGAUAAGCCUGUGAUUGGCUAAACACCUCUAGAGCUUGGCAGGAGUUGCGCUGAUUGGAUAAUGGGAUUUGUCAAUUAAUGACACAGACAGAUAAUAGUGUAAUGUACCCUAAUCCAGCACAAAAACAAGUCUAACAUGGAGCCUGACUGACUAACUAACUGACUGGCUGUCUGGCAGAGGACAAUGAUUGAUGUUGGUAAGAAGAGGGCAGGACAACCAUGGACAUCCUUUCCGUCAUCGUAUCAGCCCAUGUGUUGAUGUGGGCUCAACAUCAGAGAUCAAAGGAGACCCUUAUUGCCUUCCUCAUGGUGAGGGUUCUUGUGGGUUGGAGACGCUACGGUAAGAUGGACAUUGAUUUUCUCCGUCAGUCAGACUGAGGUUGAUUGUGGAAUUUCAUGGCACUCGAUAUGCUGUCUACUGUUACUUCUGCUGUAUGACGUACUUUUGUUGUAAAAAAAAAAAAAAAAAAAAAGAAUGAAAAAAAAAGUACUUUGGCUUUUGAUCCAUGCAGGAAGUGAUGGAAUUGUGUUUUUCAGCCGUCAAUUCCAGCCCCGUGUUUGAUGUUUUCACCGGGCAGCUGUCAGGACUUAACAAAUGAAACUUGUACAAGUUGUGCUACAUACAUUUCUUCUUAACUCCACUUGAUUUUCCAUUUACCGCGGUAAUCACAAAGCUGGGUGACAAAUAAAAGAAAGACGAAAUGAAAAGCAAGAUGGAGAAACGAGGGGAUCUCUCGCUCUGUCGCUCUGUUGCAUAAGGCCUCCUCAGAAUACAGAAACCCAGAGAGGAGGACGUCUCACUCAGAAUAUCAACUCCGCUGGCUGGACGAGCAAAGUUAAUAACCUGCAGAGAAGGACGGAGAGAUGGAGGGAUGGAUGGGUUCAGUAGACGAGUGGUGGACUGUAAGAAUGGACUGGAGAGGGGCAUAGGGGGUGGAUGGAUGGAAGGGAUGAAAGAUGAACUGGGGGGAUGAAGGAAUGGAGGGGGUAGAGGGUUGAAGUGGUGCAGUGAAGAAAGGAGAGGGUUAUAAAGGAUGGAUGGGAGAUGGAGGAUGGAAGAGAUGAAAGAUGA